UGCUGUCAGCAGCCCAUAAACCUCAUUUCUGGGUGUGUUCCAGGCUCACCAACAUCAACAAACGAUGACCUUCUACAGGGACUUCUGCGAUGACGGGUGCUACUCCCAGUUUGGGUACGACGACCUCUCCGGCUUCAGAUUUGGGAGGCCCUUCAGCUACUCCUGGGACCAGUUCCGAUAUGGGAGCCCCUACGGCUACAGAGGCUUUGGGAGCCUGUUUGGGAACAGGGGCUUCCUUGGCUACGGGGGCUAUUACGGGUACGGGGACCUGUCCGGGGGGGGGUAUGGAUAUGGAUAUGGAUAUGGAUACCCCUUCUCUCGCUUCGGGGGCAGGUUCCUCUGAAGCAGGAACAGCAACCAAGGACUGAAAUGCAGGACAAGGACUCACGGCUGAUUUCUGGGGCUGAGAACCCCCAGUGCCCACCCCCUGGCUGAGUUCAGGGGGACACGUGGGUGCCAGGCUGCCUGAAACUACUCCACGUGUAACUAUUCCAUGUGUAACCACUCCAUGUGUAACCACUCCAUGUGUAACCCUCUCUAAGUCUCCUGUUUCUUCAGCUGUAGCUCCAAAGGGCAACCUGAAUUGCAGCAAGAGCUGAGGCACCUUCAGAGCAUGUUGGGGGAGUAGAGCAAGACCUUGGGUGUGAGUAAAGUGCCUUUUAGUUUUAAUUCACAACCCCUUGGUAUUGUCAUAGUAGUAGGAGUUCCUGCGACCACUUUGCUCAGCCUUUAACUUCACCCAAGAUGACAUCCAGCAGAGAAGCUCCUGUUCCAUGUCCGUGCUGUGCCUCAUCUGACAGUGAACGUGACUUCCGAGCAACUCUGUGAGCAAGAAACUUGUUCUGUGCUGUCAAACUCCAUCACUCCCACCAGGAAAAGCAUCACCCACCAUCAGAAACUCUCUGCUUGCUGAAGACCCUUUUGUAUCUCUGCAAACUUGUUCUUUCUGUAACUCACUGUUUCUCAUUUUCAUUAAAAUUACUCUG